AUGGUUGCAACUACUAUGGCUUAUUCAGAUAGUUAUGUUUCUGCUAUUCUAGCCUAUGGAGGUGUUAGUUUGUCAGUAAUUAUAGGUCUUCUCAGCCUUUAUCUCAUCAUGUACUUUAUGGUGUCAGCAGAAAAUGCGGCUCUCGAUAUAGAGGAAUGUUAUGAACCUGUUACUGAACUUAUGCAACCGAUUCAAGCCGUCACAUGGUACAUAAUACAAGUAGCAGUUGUGGCCGACUUCUUCAAAAUAAGCCCAAGCGAAUUGAGCGUUCAAAGAAGCAUUUUUAUUCUGCUAGCGGAACGCCUGGAUUCCGAAGCGUACGUCAGAGCAGAAAGAACUAUGAUGUCAAAUAGUGUCAUAUGCACUGUUGCAGUGGCUAGAGUCGUCUCGUCGAGCGCAUACAUGGGUGUUCAGGUUCUUCAUGAAUACCAAAGAGACGCCGAUGCUCGGAAGUGGAUUGUUCGGCACUCAUUUCCUAGGAACGAUCUUAGCAAUAAAUUUAUGACCAAGUUCCACUCGCGGUUUAUCAAGAAAGGUUACGACAUGAAUGCCAUAGUUAGUAGAACUGUACUCGCACUAAGCAAAGAAGGCAGGAAAAAGAAGAAGAAGAGUUAA